GCGAGUGUCUCCCUCUCCCUCUCGCUCCCUCUCUCUCUCUCCCUCUCUCUCUCUUUUGUGAGUUAUAGCAACCGUUGCCUUGUGAAUCAAGCGCCAUAGUCACCGUAGUCCUGGCGACUGUUACCCAUCAACAACAACUACUCCUCUCCUCCUCCUCCUCCUCUUCCUCCUCCUCCUCCCCACCACCACCAUCUCCAUCACCCACCAACAACACCACAAUAAUCCACAGCCAAGUCCCAGCACAGUUGAAGAAUAUAGCACAGUUGCAUCUGUAAUGAUGGCUCACUCAACUGGGAACAUCUCUCUGGAGACCAUCAUGCAGACAUCAGAGACCGGGUCGGACACAGGUUCGACAGUGACUUUACAGACAUCUGUGGCUAGUCAAGCAGCGGUACCUACCCAGGUGGUGCAGCAGGUACCGGUACAACAGCAGGUACAGCAGGUCCAGACCGUACAGCAGGUACAACACGUGUACCCAGCUCAGGUGCAGUAUGUGGAAGGAAGCGAUACUGUCUAUACCAAUGGAGCAAUCUCCAGCCCCUGGCAACCACCAUUCUACUCCCUGUUCUUCCGAACAACAACUUACCCUUACACAGAAACGCAGAUGUACAGCCAAAACACUGGAGGGAAUUACUUUGAUACUCAAGGGAGUUCUGCGCAGGUGACUACCGUGGUUUCGUCCCAUAGCAUGGUGGGCACCGGUGGGAUUCAGAUGGGCGUCACCGGAGGACAACUCAUCAGCAGCUCUGGAGGAACCUAUCUUAUUGGCAAUUCUAUGGAGAACUCUGGUCACUCAGUGACACACACUACUCGGGCCUCCCCAGCGACAAUUGAAAUGGCGAUUGAGACGCUGCAAAAGUCUGACGGUCUGUCCACUCACAGAAGCUCUCUUCUCAACAGCCAUCUCCAGUGGCUGUUGGACAAUUACGAGACCGCAGAAGGAGUGAGCCUUCCUAGAAGCACGCUGUAUAACCACUACCUACGACACUGUCAGGAACACAAACUGGACCCAGUCAAUGCUGCUUCUUUUGGAAAACUAAUAAGGUCAAUUUUUAUGGGGCUCCGAACCAGGAGAUUGGGAACUAGAGGAAACUCCAAGUACCAUUACUAUGGGAUCCGUGUCAAGCCAGAUUCCCCUCUUAAUCGUCUGCAAGAAGACAUGCAGUAUAUGGCUAUGAGACAGCAACCCAUGCAACAGAAACAAAGGUACAAGCCUAUGCAGAAAGUGGAUGGGGUUGCAGAUGGUUUCACAGGAAGUGGUCAACAGACAGGCACAUCUGUUGAGCAAACUGUAAUUGCCCAAAGUCAACAUCAUCAACAGUUUUUAGAUGCAUCUCGAGCACUUCCAGAGUUUGGAGAAGUUGAAAUCUCUUCUCUGCCAGAUGGUACUACCUUUGAGGAUAUCAAGUCACUGCAGAGUCUUUAUCGAGAGCACUGUGAGGCAAUAUUGGACGUUGUCGUGAAUCUUCAGUUUAGCCUGAUAGAAAAACUGUGGCAAACGUUCUGGCGCUAUUCUCCCUCUACUCCAACCGACGGCACUACCAUCACCGAAUCAAGCAAUCUGAGUGAAAUAGAAAGUCGACUUCCGAAAGCAAAGCUGAUAACUCUGUGCAAACAUGAGUCUAUCCUGAAAUGGAUGUGUAACUGUGACCAUGGGAUGUACCAGGCUUUGGUGGAGAUUCUCAUCCCCGACGUGCUUAGACCUAUUCCUAGUGCCUUGACCCAAGCCAUUCGAAAUUUUGCAAAAAGCCUUGAAGGUUGGCUUUCCAAUGCCAUGAACAAUAUCCCACAGAGAAUGAUACAAACCAAGGUCGCCGCUGUAAGUGCCUUUGCCCAGACUCUGCGAAGAUACACGUCGCUCAAUCACCUGGCCCAGGCAGCUCGCGCAGUGCUUCAGAACACUUCUCAGAUCAACCAGAUGCUCAAUGACCUCAACCGCGUUGACUUUGCCAAUGUCCAGGAGCAGGCCUCCUGGGUGUGCCAGUGUGACGACAGCAUGGUUCAGAGACUGGAGACGGACUUCAAGAUGACCCUCCAGCAGCAGAGCACCCUGGAGCAGUGGGCCGCGUGGCUGGACAACGUGAUGAUGCAGGCGCUGAAGCCCUACGAGGGGAGGCCCAGUUUCCCUAAAGCUGCCAGGCAGUUCCUGCUAAAAUGGUCUUUCUACAGCUCAAUGGUUAUUCGGGACUUAACCUUACGCAGUGCUGCUAGCUUUGGCUCCUUCCACCUGAUCCGUCUCCUCUACGACGAGUACAUGUUCUACUUAGUAGAGCAUCGUGUUGCUCAGGCAACAGGAGAAACACCCAUUGCAGUCAUGGGCGAGUUUGGUGAUUUAAAUGCUGUAUCUCCUGGAAAUCUGGAUAAAGAUGAAGGCAGCGAAGUGGAAAGUGAAAUGGACGAAGAACUGGACGACUCUUCGGAGCCCCAAGCCAAAAGGGAGAAAACCGAGCUGAACCAGGCGUUUCAAGUGGGUUGUAUGCAGCCCGUUCUCGAGAGCGGCGUGCAGCCCAGUCUCCUGAAUCCAAUUCACAGCGAGCACAUCGUCACAAGUAGUCAGACUAUCAGACAGUGCAGCGCCACAGGAAACACCUACACUGCGGUCUAAAGAAUAUUAAAGCGUAUUUUUCCAGCUAACGUUACCCCUGUUGAUAUAUUGGGCUUAAGGUGAAAUUUUAAUAAGCCUGAAGGUCGACUGUUGUCAAAUUCUAUCUGUGCUGAACAUUACCUUUUUGGAGUUGUGAAAUGGAAUGGAUGUAUGUA